AUGCCUGUCUCAGUCUCAACCUUCCCCAGUGUUUAUUGUGGGAAAAUUUUUGAACGUGGUGUGGCGCUUACCCGCGCACAAGCCCUGCUUAUUGUAGUAGGCAACCCUACAGUACUCUCCCUCGACCCGCUGUGGCGCUCCUUUCUUAACUACAUCCAUAGCUGUGGUGGCUGGCGAGGCAAAGAAAUCAACUGGGAUCCCAAGGAACCUGUCUUCUCAGAUGGUUUGUACAAUGCUACCAGGAAAUCACAAGCAGAAGCCGAGUUAGAGGACACGAUCGCCAAACUUUGCGCGAUGGUUAUUCAAAAGCAUGAAGACGAUGGAUUCGAAAUUGAUGAUGAAGAUGAUAAAGAUCAGGAUGCAGCUGCGUUCGAAAGACCAAUUCUACGAGAGGCGGAGUGA